CCCCAUAAUGACCCCUCAUUCUUCUCCACGGACUGGACGCUGAGGAAGCAACAAGCUUGAUUGAAUCACAUAGCCUAUGCUACAAUAACGAGACGGCUAUUUGUCCGUUUUCCCUCAGAAGCAAGCCGUGCAUUUGGUGAGUGAGAGCUGUGGAGGGGAGAUGACGGCCGUGUACAAAGACGACCAGGGUGACUGGAUGACCGUCUGCCUCAAGUACCUCCUCUUCGUCUUUAAUGUCCUCUUCUGGGUUGGUGGAGCGGCGGUGAUGGGCGUGGGCAUCUGGACCCUGAUAGACAAGAGUGAUUACCUGAGCCUGCUGGCCUCCAGCACCUUCGCCGUGUCCGCCUACAUCCUCAUCCUGGCCGGGGCCCUGGUCAUGGUCACGGGCUUCCUGGGCUGCUGCGCCGUCAUCAGGGAGCAGAGGAGCUGCCUGUCCACGUAUUUCUGCUGUCUGUUAUUGAUCUUUCUCAUAGAGCUGGUGGCAGGAGUCCUGGCCUACGUGUAUUACCAGAGGCUCAGUGAGGAGCUGAAGCAGCACCUGAAUGAGACCAUGACAGAGAACUACGCCCAGCCAGGGAAAGAGGCCAUCACCCUGGCCGUGGACAGACUACAGCAGGAUUUCAAGUGCUGUGGCAGCAACAACUCAUUUGAUUGGCUGCAUAGUGUGUACAUGACCUCGGCUGUGUCGGAGGGCAGGGUGGUCCCGGACAGCUGCUGUAAGACCAUCACCACCCUCUGUGGCCGCAGAGACCACCCCUCCAACAUCUACAAGACUGAGGGUGGCUGCAUCACCAAGCUGGAGCAGUUCCUGGCUGACCACCUGCUGAUCAUCGGAGCUGUGGGGAUAGGAGUGGCCUGUCUACAGCUGGCCGGGGCCAUGUUGACGGCCUGCUUUAUCUAUCUGCUGUAUAAAGAAGAGGAGGAGGACUUCUCUGCCGUGUGAUUGGCUAAGCCUCUGUCUGGUCACACUCAGUGGGGACGGGACAAGAUCUGUGGGAUGGUGUUUACAUGCUGCUUACACAGAAGGAUUAAGUUGGAUCCUUACUGAACCCUACCGUCAAGCCCCCCCCAACACCAUCCUGCCUCAUGGGCCAGGGAGCAACCAUGCCUGCUGAACACUCAACCUUGACCUCUAACCCCUCCUAACCCCUGAACCUUAUGAUCCAACCCUGCCUGGACCUUCCUGGAUCCUUCUGCACCCCUCCCUUGGCUUGGAUGCAUGCACAGCCCCCCCCCCUCUCUCAAAGACAAGGCUAAUGAAGAAGAGAUGAUUUGGUAUUAUGGUAUUGUUCUUUUCUGUAGUAAACCUACUGCUGUUUAUUUAAGGUAGUUCUUACUGUAUGUUGUCAACACAGUCAAAUCCUUACUGUAGAUUUCACAACAUUCCACACAACUGGAAGGCAACCCGAAGUGGUUGUGACUGAGAAUCAACUGUACUGUACACACUCUCAUGGUGUUGCUGCUUACGAAGGGUUAUUCAGUUAGUGCUAUAUCCAGUGUGUCACGGAUGUGGCCCACAACGUGCCUCUGUCAUUGUUUUAUCACGUAUUCUUUGAUAGCAAUGUUACACCAAUUUAAUGGUUCACCACAAAGGGAAUCCAAUGGUCAUCGAUGUUUGAUCUACGUCACAAAGAAAACAAUCAUGAGUUGAUUGAUAUCCACAGAAUAAUCAAGCAGAUAUGGGGAAACCUAUACUUGAUAUGAAUGAAAAUAGCACUAAACGCUGCUAAGAGUAACGUUGCAACAUUUCUGUAUGUGUUGCCUCCGUAGUUUGACUAACAAAUCUGGUUCUGUGUUGUAUGCUAUGCUAAAGGUGUUGAUAUCGACCAAAUCGCCUUUCUUGCAGUACCAUAUACACCUACCACUCAUCUUUCAAUACCAGAACCAAUUGACUUGUUUUACGACCACUUUUAUUAUGCUGGAGAAGCAUGUUGUAAUUUACCACUGAUACAGGGUCAGAUCUUUCUCUGCCACGCUACUGGUUAAGAUUAGGAUUCAGGGGUUAUGGUUGACUCCUCUCCUCUGGUGUGGGUUAGUAUCCCCAUCCAGUGGUAGAUAUUGGUAUAGACUCCUGUGCAGUGCUCCUGAAGUGAGGUUGCAAAAUUUGGAGAACUUUCAUUAAAUUCCCUGGUUUUCCAGAAAUCCUGUUUAGGGGAUUCCGGAUUGUCUGCUUAUUCCCUCCAGAUUCCAGGAUUCCUCCAACCGAGAUUUCAGGAAAACCAGGGAAUAUCUUGAACGUUGCCAAAAUUUUGCAACUCUAUUUCUGUCUGAUUGGUUGUGGAGCAGCCAGGCAGCCUUGCAUCGACUACUGCUUCUAAAGACUAACUACAUUCCUCUGAAGGCAGAAGAUAUAUUUACAUUUUAUUGUUUACUACGACUUAGGAAAUGUCUGACACGUUUCCACAAGAGGACACUUUCAAAGAGAGCAUUCUUUGGCUUGACUAUUGUCAAGGACACAUUCAAAUAGUUUUGGUUGCCCAUUACCAAGAUAGGACAUGGGUCUUUGUUUUUUAGGAGUGCUGGUAAGUCAGCUGACCAAUUCCAGUUGAUACAAUGACAACAAUCCUUUGUCAAAGUUCUAUGGGUGUUUUGCUGUUUUCCAAGAGAUGAAGACACGUAUACAGAUGGUAUUUUCUCUAUUCCUCCUAGUGACCAACAGAAAGCUGUUCUUGUUCAUGUAUUUUUCUAAUCGAAAUGGGUCAAAAUAUGAUAUAACAUUAUAGUAUGUAUAAUAUAAAAUAUAUAAUAAAACAUAUAUGAUCUGGGCUCUUUCUAUACUGUAGACUGUAGUAAUCAAAGUAUGCCUUUGUCUGUUUAACAACAAUGUCAUAAUAGCUUUUGAAUUGAUGUUGAUGGUAGUCUUUAACCGGAUAAACUUUAGUUGUGUUUCCUACAUCAUUCAGUGGUUUGGUAUUAUUAUUCCCUGCCGUUCUCUCUGCAUCAAGGUCUUGAAUGUUUUGUUACAGUAUAUGACUAUUGCUACUUUAAGACAUCAUAAAAUGUUGAUAUUUAUACUCUGAGAUAUGAAGGUUAUACGUGCACAGACCAUGUUUGAAAGAAGUGCAUAUGGAUGGACACAUUCAUCUUCAGCGACAUGUAGUCUAUAUUUUAAGAGUGUUGCAAGGUAAACAAAUCUGUCAAUGUGCCCUUAAGCAAAGAAACUUUACCCCAAUUGCUCCUGUAAGUCUCUCUGGAUAAGAGCAUCUGCUAAAUGACUCAAAUGUAAGUGUUUGUCAAAGCUGAUGUGACAAUGGUAUUGGGAUGCAGUGUAUGACUUGUUCUAUACAAUAUGAUGACAUAAAUGGUUUCUAACCCUUACUCAAUAAAUAUUAUACUAUAUUACUGAUUA